AUGGAUGUAGCUGAUAGAAUAGUUGUUGCUAUAAGAAAAAGGCCUCUAUCAUAGAAGGAAAUUAUUAAAAAGGAGGAAGACAUAAUAAUUGUGCAAAACGAUAACAGUGUGAUCGUUAAAGAAAUUAAAUAAAAAGUAGACCUCACCAAGUAUAUUGAAGAACAUUAAUUUAACUUUGAUCUUACUUUCAAUUAAAAUCAUUCGAAUGAAUAAGUUUACAUCAAUGCUGUAAGACCCAUAAUUCGUGCAGCCUUUUAAAGAGCCAAAGUGACUUGUUUUGCAUAUGGAUAGACAGGAAGUGGAAAGACAUACACAAUGAUAGGAGAUAUUGAGAGACAAAUACCUGGAAUGUAUUUAUUGGCCGGUUAAGAUAUAUUUUAAAUAAUUGAAAUGGAAGAAUAUACUCAUCUUCAAGUGUAUGUUUCAUUUUUUGAAAUUUAUUGUGGAAAAUUGUUUGAUUUAUUAUCUUAAAGGAAUUAAAUCUAAUUAAGAGAGGAUGCAAAUGGGAAUGUGAAUAUGAUAAAUUUAAUGGAGAAAAAAAUAAAUUCUGUUUAAUAAUUAAUGCAAUUCAUUUAGUUGGGGUAGAAUGUUAGAAUUACAGCAUCAAAUAGUUCAAAUUCAGAAUCAUCAAGGUCCCAUGCCAUACUAUAAGUGAGUUUAAAAUCAGGGAAGACACUGCAUGGAAAGAUGUCAUUCAUUGAUUUAGCUGGUAGUGAGAGAGGAGCUGAUGUUUAAGAUCAAAACAAGUAAACCAGAAUAGAUGGGGCUGAAAUUAACAAGUCAUUGUUAGCAUUGAAAGAAUGCAUAAGAGCAUUGGAUUUGAAUAAAAACCAUACCCCAUUUAGAGGAUCGAAAUUAACUUUGGUAUUAAAAGAUAGUUUGACUGGUAAUUGUAAAACUGUUAUGAUUGGAAAUAUAUCUCCGAGUUCUCAUAGUAGCGAACAUACUCUUAAUACUCUUAGGUAUGCAGAUAGAGUGAAAGAGUUAAAAAAACCUGAAAACAGAAUUUUUUAAGGAGAAUUGAUGUAAAGAGAAUUAAUGUUGGCUAGAUAAACAAAAAAUGUUACGAGAAAACAAUUUAAUAAAGAAGAAGAUUAAGAAAAUGCGAGAAAUUUCAGUCCAAUUUCAAAUAUUAAAAGACAAUCAUUAUAACCAUUACAUCAGUCUACUUAAAUGUUCAAUAAUCAGAAUUUCAAUUAAUAAAAAGAGAUCAGAAAGAGUGAUAUCUCUUCUGCUAUCAAUAAGUUUAAUUUAGCUUCAAUUCCAUCUAUUAAUGUAAAUUUCAAUAAGACUUAAUAAAUUAAUCCAAAUAAUUAUUUUCCAACUCAUUAAAGGGUAAAUUCUGAAAGUACUUACAAUCACGAUUACGAUCAUUUCGAUAAAAACUAAAAUAAUUUGUUCUUAAAAACUUAGAAUUUCUCUUAAUCAAAAUAAUCGAUUGAUUUAAUAACACUAAAUUAAUUAAACUGCUACUUACAGUGAUCUAUUUAGUGAAUCGCCUUAUCAAUCAUAAUAGGAAUAAGGAUUUCGACAAUUAAAUCAAUAAGCUGUCUAACAAAGUUAAGAAUUGGAAGAAGAGUUUGAUUAUUCAAACACUUAACAAUCAUAUCGACCAGGACAUAUUAAUUGUUCCUCCAUAGUUUAUGAUCACAAGAAUUUAAUAGAUAAAAUUAUUGAGAUAUCUAAAUUAGAAAUGAAAGAAAUAACAAUUUAUGAGAAUUAGAAGGACUUACAAUCCUAUUUGUAAACAAUAUCUCAAUAAACUGCAAUAAAAGGCGGAGUUAAUCCAAGAAUUCUAACAAAAGGUUUUUGAAAUGUAAUAGUAAAGUCAACAUUGGACAUUUCAACCUAAUGAUAGCUAAAAUAGAGAUGAAUUAUUUCAAUAUACUAAUUACUGAGUUAAUAAUAAAUAUAUAUAUA